UCUCAGUCCUCCCGCGCGAGUCCCGCGGCCGCCACAACUGCCUCUCGGAAGCGGCCGAACGGAGCCUCGACGGUCGGACUGACGGACAGGCCCCGGAGAGGCGGAUGGACGGCUUCAGCACCAAGAGCCUGGCCCUGCAGGCGCAGAGGAAGCUGCUGAGCAAGGUGGCGUCCAAGGCCACGGCGGCCGUGCUCAUCGACGACACGAGCAGCGAGGUGCUGGACGAGCUGUACCGCGCCACCAAGGAGUUCACGCGCAGCCGCAAGGAGGCCCAGCGGAUGGCCAAGAACCUGGUCAAGGUGGCCGUGAAGCUGGCCGUCCUGCUCCGCGGCGGCCAGCUGGGCGGCGAGGAGCUGGCGCUGCUGCAGCGCUUCCGCCAGGGGGCGCGCCGCCUCGCCAUGACGGCCGUCAGCUUCCACCAGGUGGACUUCACCUUCGACCGGCGCGUGCUGGCCGCCGGCCUGCUCGAGUGCCGGGACCUGCUGCACCAGGCCGUGGGCGCGCACCUGACCGCCAAGUCCCACGGCCGCAUCAACCACGUCUUCGGCCACUUGGCCGACUGUGACUUCCUGGCCGCGCUCUACGGCCCCAGCGAGCCCUACCGCUCGCACCUGCGCCGGAUCUGCGAGGGCCUUGCCCGGAUGCUGGACGAGGACAGCAUAUGACCUCCGGCCCCGGGGCCCCUGCAGGGGGCGGGAGCGGUCCUUCGGGUCCCUCUCCUCUCCCGCCGAUUCUGUCCAGAUCCCUGGGACAGGUGCCCGUCCCGCUAGCCCGUUAGAGGCAGUGGUUUUAAGGACUCUUGUUGCUUCCCCUCCCGCUGCGCCUCCCCACACGCCCCAAGACUACUGCCCGCCCAGGCCCGCCUGACCGGCCCCGGCCCCCCUACCCUCCCUUGACGCUUCUGAAGGCUGGCACUUGCCACCUGAUGAUGUUAACCAUGUUCCCUGUUCCUUCCGACGGGGUCACAGCGAACCGGAAGGGAGGGAGUGUUCUGGGGGGAGCUGCAGCUCCCCAACGUCUUUGGUUGGAGUUCUGGCUCCCAGGCCCGCGGAAUGUGACCCGUGUGGAUUCAGGGUCCUUGCAGAUGGAAUUGGUUUAGAGGACGUCUCACUGGGGUGGGGUGGGCCCCUGAUCCUGGUAAGAAGGGACAUCUGGACAGAGAAGAGGGCCGUGUCUGCGCGCCAGGCAGCCUCCGGAGCCGCGAGAGCCGCCUGGAACAAUCAGAAGGAGCCGGCCCAAGGGACACCCUGAAGGACGUCCGGCCUCCGGCGCUAAGAGCGGGCCGAUCCCUGCUCUUUCCCUGGGGACUGAGCGCAGGGAGCCAAGGGAAGCGCUGGGGUGAGGGCCAUGGGUGGGGUGCCCCCUUUAGGUUGCCGUCACCGCCCUACCUCCCACGUGGGAGGGGACAGGGAGCCCCCCAAGCGCAGCCCGAGGGGACAGCCUUCGGAGAUGCACACCCGUUUGAAAAUGAUGAUUUCAUUUGGGUUUGGUAGGAAACAAAUGACCAUUUUUACAAGACCCCCGAAAGCAAAGCUCACCACACUGUGGCCUUGGCGACGCCCCCAAAAAAGGCGUGGACUCUCACCUCGGGGCCCAGAUGGACACGCUGGGUGCGGGAGCGAUCUGUGACUCUUGUGGGUCGGAAGGGGACAUGUGGUUUAAUAGGCUGCAGAAGGCCGUGUCGGGGCCGGGAGGGCGGCUCCGGGCGCCCACAGGGGACCAGGGGACUGACGUCCCGUGACCGUUUUUGGAGUCAGGCCAGUUGGGCGAAGCCUUCACACAGGCGGCCUGCAGGCCUUUCUCGACGAGGUGGGUUUGGUUGGCAUUAGUUAGAAACCAGGACGUUGCACAUACCAACGUAGAUUCGGAGUCUUUCUCGAAAACUUGGCCUGAGCCUGCACCGCCCGCGGGUGCGCCCACCUUGGCCCAGCCCUCGAAGGUGAACCUGCCCUCCCAUCUUCCGUCAAGAGACAGAGUUCACAUUCAACACCGAACGUGUGUCCUGAGGACCCAAGAAGCCCCAGAAAAAACCCUCUGUCCUCGGCUGAACACAUCAACAUGCAGAACGCUUGUACCUGGGCCCUGCCGGCUGUCUGGCCUGCUUGCCUCUUUCCAUAAAGUUGAGAUUUAAUUUCCAAAAACCCAAGAGCACUCACUGCAGAGCUCUUGAAAUAAAAGCACCCGUCUCUUGUCGGCA